ACAGCCGCCCAAUGCGCAGAUUCACGAAUACCUUAUUAGGCAUCUAAUCGCCACAAGAAUCCGACCGGUGAGUCAUCUCUUCCCGUCAUCGUUUUGGUUUGGCUCUGGGAUCGCAAACGAUGGCAACGAUAAAGACAAAUGGUAGCGACGAACACAUCGCUGUGUCCCGCUUUAGGGAGUUUCUCAGAAUAAAAACUGUACAGCCGAAACCUGACUAUGAAGGGUGUACCGCCUUUCUAAGUAGUAUGGCCAAGGAGCUGGGCCUGGACUUCCACACUGUUGAGUGUGUCAAAGGGAAGCCCACUUGCAUAUUCACAUGGGUCGGAACAGAUCCCUCGCUACCUUCUCUCAUGCUCAACUGCCAUUCGGACGUAGUACCGGUUAGCGAGGAUAAGUGGACUCACGACCCAUUUGCAGCCGACAAGCUAGAGAAUGGAGAUAUAAUUGCGCGAGGUGCCCAGGACAUGAAAUGUGUGGGCAUACAAUAUCUUGAAGCGAUAAGGAUACUGAAGCACCAGAACAAGCGUCCUCUCCGCACAGUCCACGUCACGUUUGUCCCCGAUGAAGAGAUUGGCGGCAUCGAGGGAAUGAAACUGUUCGUGAAAACCGACGAGUUUAAAAAGUUGAAUGUUGGUUUCGCGUUAGACGAAGGGCUGGCCAAUCCGGGAAACGCAUAUAAACUCUUUUAUGGAGAGAGGGCACCAUGGUGGUUAACACUCAAGGCAAAGGGCGGCGCGGGUCAUGGAAGCCAGUUUAUUGAGCCGUCCGCUACGCUCCGCCUGUUGAAGGUGCUUAACAAGUUCAUUGCGUUCCGCGAAGCUGAGAAUAUAAGGCUGCGGUACGGAAGGAAAGAAAAUGGCGAGGGAUACAAGCUCGGGGAUGUGACCACGACGAAUAUUACAAUAUUAAAGGCCGGCGUCCAGCAUAACGUUGUACCAGAAGCAGCGCAAGCAGGCAUCGACAUCCGCAUUGCUACGACCGUUGAUUUGCACGCAUUCAAGCGACAGAUCGAGGAAUGGUGCUCGGAGGAUGGGAUUGAGAUCGAAUGGGUCAACACAUUUUGGAGCAAUGCGUGUACUCUGACGGACGACACGAAUGUAUGGUGGCGAAUUGUAAAGGGCGUCGCAGAUAAGAGAAAUAUAAAACUCGAACCCGAGAUUUUCCCUGCAGCGACCGACUCACGCUACAUUCGGGAAGUCGGCAUUCCUGCAUUUGGAAUCUCACCAAUGCGUAACACUCCAGUGCUACUUCAUGAUCAUGAUGAGUAUCUCAAUGAGAAGGUCUUCCUUGAGGGGGUGGAAUUUUACGUCGAUCUUAUUGAAGCUUACUGGAAUGUUCGCGGAUAGAAACCUACGAAUUUCUUAUAGUUCUGUAGAUGCGACAUUCGUCCGGUGAGAUGGAAUUGCAUAGAGCCAGGUAGAAUGUUAGGUAUAACUCUCAUUUCUUCCCCUACAAGUGGAGAGGAUUAGAAACUUUACCUAACAUAACCGAGCGGCGGAUAAAUAUGGGGUCAGGAUUACGCACUUAUUAUUUCUUGCUAUGCACGCCACCUCGAAUAGUGUAUUGCCCUAUGAAAAGUCAUAUUGUACACGUACAUGCACAUCUUCACUUGAAUUGUCUUCCUGUCUUCAGAAGAGCCAACGUGAAAUCUUCUCUGCUCCCCAUACUUAUGGGUCUUAUUUAGCGUUCUAUACAGCCAUUUAACAACUGAA